UAUGCUAUACAUAUUAUACAACACUCUCCUGUAAUAAUAGCCUACUUAACAUUAAUAUAUACCUGUCCUAUUAUACAGGCCUUAUUUAUUACUUAUUUCUCUUAGUUACCUCUUAUGCAUACCGUGGAAAAAUUCAAAAGACUUUCUAUGGCUUUUGUAAUUCGUAAAUAGUUGAUAUUGUUGAUAAGGAUUUCAUAGUACCAACUAACAUAUCAACAAUACAUGUAUAUGGCCUAGUAGCCUACCCCUACAAUAAAUUUAUUAUAAUAUACUCUCGAUGUUGUAGAAUUGAGAUUGUUCACCUUUUGUAGUCAGUAAUGAUUUGGAUAGUUGACUGAUGGCUGAUCGAGCAAGUGUCGAUUCCGGUGAAUCAAUCAGCACCAGUGAUGAUUACGAAAUUAUUCCAUCAAAUACAAUGAAUAAACGUGAUGUUAAACCUGAGUUGAAUAUUGGCGGUGACGGUGAUUUGGAACACAUGCAGAAAUGUCUUGGUGAGUUAUUGGAUGAAGAGAAUGAAUGUCAAUCUAUAAACACAGUCAUGUCUGAUAAAGAUAUUAAAAGUAAUAUAUCAUUUACAAAAAUAUCAGAUCCUGUUACUGAUGAUCUAGGUCAAAUUGAAAAAGGUACAAUGUUUGAUGGAAUUUCAUAUCUGGGUUCAGCUAGUAUAACAUAUCCUAAAGAAAAAACUGAAAUAUUAAGGAUUAUGGCUAUAUUAAAUGGAGAACAUGUUGCUGAUCAAGAUAUGAAAAUAUCAGUGUCCAUUCCAAUUUCAUCUGAUGGAGCUGUUAUUUUAUUUGACGGAACAAGCAAUACAAUAAUAGCCCGUUAUGAGAUUGAAAGAAUUAUGUUUUAUGCUAAUGGUGUUAAUGGAACAAAAGAAGCAUCGUGUUUUGCAUUCAGCUGGGCACAUGGCGACACUAAAGAAAAUGCACUGUUUCAAUGUCAUGUUUUUCGCUGCUCAAUUCCAGAAGCUGUGAACCGUGUAUCCAACUGUUUUGUGAAGGCCUUUCAAAAAGAAUCGAAAUUUACUUCAAGUUCUACAUCAUCAGAGUUAAGUUCUAAUGUAACUUUAGAUAUGCAAAGUAAAAACAGUUCAACUGAGAUUUUUAUUUUUGAAGUAAGUUUGGAGAUCAAAGAAGAUGAUGGAAAGGGAGGAUUUAUAUCAGUACCUAGAGAUAAAAAUUUCCUUAAACUUCGAGCAAAUGUGGAAAAACAAGUUUGUUUAACUAUUAGUCAAGUUGUAUCCAGAACUCAGCAAAAAAUAUUGCAUUUGGAACGAUGUUUUGGAGUACUUGUAUGUCCUGGUCGCAAUGUAAAGCAAAGUGAUAUGCAACUUUUAGAUAUGGUAUCCAUGGGAACUGAUUUAUCAGACUCUGACGGAUGUAAUACCAUUUAUUUGAUUACUGGUCACUGGGAUCCUUCGGACAAGGUGUUUGAACCCUUAAAUAGUGAAACUCAAUGUUCCUAUAUUACUGUAGCAGUAGAUUUAGUUAUGCGAAAUAUUAAAGAACCCGUUAGAUUAUCCAUAGAAACUCCUAUCAAAGUAUAUGCUGCCAAUGAAAGAUUUUGGGUAUUUGGGCGGAGACAAGUUACUCAUCAGUUUUACUUGAAUUUACAACAAAUUAAUUCAGGAAAUUCUGAUGUUGAUUAUAAACUUUUAAAUAUUGAUUGUUCUGGUGAAAUGGAUAAAAGUCGUUUGAAUAUGACAUUAAAUAAUUUGACUAAUUUCAUUAAAACUCAGAGCAUUAACUCAAUUGAACUAUCUUCUCCUAAAGAUGAAGAUUUGUCUGAUAAUGAUGAACCUUUGGUAAGUGGUACUGGGGAUGUUUCCAAAGAAUGUAAUGAAGUGGAAUUAGAAUCUUGGAAAGAUGUUUUAUUAAAAUGGGCAACAUGUAAAUCUCCUCCUGCACGACAAUUAGCUAUACUUGUCAAAGAAGGUAUACCUGAAGCUUUACGUGGAGAAGUAUGGUUACGUUUAGCCAAAGCUGAUUUAGACCCUAAACUCAUGGAUACAUAUAGAAUACUUAUUACUAAGGACUGUGAAUGUGGAGGAACUAUUCAACGUGAUAUCCAUCGAACAUUCCCAGCACACAACUUCUUUAAAGAAGCUGGUGGUAUUGGUCAAGAUAAUUUAUUCCAUCUCACCAAAGCAUAUGCUGUAUAUGACACUGAAGUGGGAUAUUGUCAAGGUCUAACAUUUUUAGCUGCUACAUUACUGUUACAUAUGCCCGAAGAACAAGCCUUCUGUGUUUUAUUAAAACUGAUGUAUGAUUACGGCCUACGAGAGUUCUACAAAGAUGGUUUUGAAACAGUUUACUUAAAACUUUAUCAACUGAAUAAUCUCAUGGAAGAACAAAUUCCUAAUCUUUUCAAUCACUUCAAUGCUAAUGGAAUUGAAGCUCAUAUGUAUGCCUCACAAUGGUUUCUUACACUUUUUACAGCAAGAUUUCCGUUGUUUUUCGUAUUUCGCAUAAUGGAUGUAGUACUUCUCCAAGGUCUGGAUACAUUAUUUCAAGUCGCUAUUGCCUUAUUACAAUUUUGCAAAAAAGACUUACUUCAAUUAGAUUUUGAAAAUAUUCUCAAAUAUUUUAGAGUGACAAUGCCCAAAAAAGUACGUAAUGAAGAAGUUGCCAGGCAUUUAAUAAAGAAUGCAUGCGCUAUUAAGCUGAAAAAAAUAAAAAAAUAUGAACAACAGUUUUUGGCUUUGAAAGCUCAAGAGAGUGCUGAAAAUUUUACUAGUGAAUUAGAUCAAGUAAAAAUGACAUUAAAGCAGACUGAAGAAGAAAAAAGUCGCCUCGAAGAAGAACUUACUAGGGUGAAAAAUAUAUUAAAAAAAGAAAUUACAAAAGCUGAUACAGAAAUUAACAGAGAUCAAACAAUUAUUAAAGAAUACAAACAAAUUUGUCAAAGAUUAGAUGCUGAACAAGCUUCUAUGAGGGCUGUUAUAAAAUUACUUAAAAAUACAUUAGGUGAAUGUACUAGGUGCAGAUCAUUUAUUGAAACACCAUUAUUAAGUAAUGAUGUAUUAUCUCAAAGUGCAGACACUUCAGAUUCUGUAAUGGAAGAAAAUAAACUUUCAAAACGAAUUACCGAGCUGGAAAUUGAACUUGCUCAAACCAAAUUAGCCUUAGUUGAAUCAGAGUGUAGAAAUCAGGAUUUGGGGCAUAGAUUGGGUGUAAAGUUUUCGGAACUGCAAGCAUCCAAAAACACAUUACCUCCAUGGUUGCAGAAAACACUGACAUCAAUCAAAGAGGUAACCACCAACAAGACAAAUGAUCAGCUACGUAUGAUUGUCGGCAGAAGAGAUUCUGCACCUAAUACUCAGUCUUUUGAUUUAUAAAGAUUAAUCACCAAAAUAAUAUCUCUCAAUUGAACAAAUACUUAAUGAUAAUAAUUAUUAUACAGUAAAGUAUUUACUGUAGUAUACUAAAACUAAUUUUUAAUUAAAUAAUUAAUGAUUAGAAUUGAGCUUUUGUACUAAAAUAAGUUAAUAUUAUAUAAGUGUAUAAUUCAGUUAUACAUUUUGUCAUAGGCUGCUAGAUAAAAAAUUAAUUUUUUAUAUUAAUUUUUAUUUAAGUACUUUAAU